GGUUAUGAGUGUAUAAUUUCACCAAGAACUCAAAGCCUUCUCAGAGCUUACAAUACAAACCUAUAAUAUUUAUAUUUACUUCAUAUUAUUUACAGAAAAUGUCUAGCUGCGGAUCAAAUUGUAACUGUGGUUCUGACUGCAAAUGUGGCAGCAAUGGAGGAUGCAGCAUGCACCUUGACAUAGAGAACUCCUCAGCUGCCACGACAAUCGUUGUUGGAGUUGCACCUAUGAAGACUACUUUCGAUGGAGCUGAGAAGAGCUUUGGAGAAGGAGGAAAUACCUGCAAGUGUGGAUCAAACUGCACUUGUGAUACAUGCAACUGUUGAACAUUGUCAUGCAUGACAAAGGGUAGCAGCAUAUAACUGGCAGAUUGUGUUUUCUAUACCGUAUGAAUGUUGGCAAAUAAGACAGCCACGGACGUCUAGGAAAAUCUUGUAUUCUUAGACAUCUUAGGCAACUUGUGUACUUGUGUUGUUCUGAUCUCUGCUAUAUGUUGGUAUCAAGAUUUGCUUUGUGGAUAAA